CCAUGGAGGCCGGGCAGGGACCCGGACCCGGCCCCGGCCCCGGCCCCGGCGGGGACGCGGCCGAGAGGGAAAUACCUAGGCCUUAUGUUCCCACAGAGGAGGAAAGAAGACUCCUCAAGGAAUGUGCUGAGGAGAGUUUUCGGUAUAGAGCUUUUCCUUUGGCUGCAGUGAGCAUGCUUGGUACUAGUUUCUUAAUUAGAAAAGGUGUUCUAAGAGACAGCUCAAGAUUUGGCUCUUUUAUUAAAGUUGCGUUUGCUGGAAUGUGUGGAUACCUGGCUGGAAAGAUAUCCUACUUGCCAAUCUGUAGCGAGAAAUUUAAGAAACUGAAGGAUUCUCCAAUAGGAGAUGUUCUACGACAAGCUCAGAGACAUAGUUCACCUAACCGUUCCAGUCGUAAAUCUGAAUUUUCAGACAUUUCUUCAGACAUUCAGUCUUCCCAGUCAUUUACUGAGUCGUCUUCUCCAAGAGCUGGAUUCCCACCUUCUUCUAGCUAUUCAGAUGAUUACAGCUCAACAGAUAGAGCCCUCUCAAGUUAUGAACCCAUUCCAUUCAGUGCUUCUCUGAAUGAAUCUUCACCUACUGGAAUUACUGAUUACACUGUUCAAGAACCUGCUCCAAUUCCAGAAGAAGGUCGUAAAAAAAAAGGCAUCACAUAUGAGGAAUUAAGGAAUAAACACAGGCAGGCAUAUGAUGUAAUGCAACCACCAAAGGCAGAAACUCCAAGCAAGUUUUCACAGGAAAGACCAGCUAAGGAAGUUAAAGUAAAUAAAUAUGGAGAUACCUGGGAUGAGUAAGAGUCAAAUGAAGAACUGAAGAAAAUUACCCUCCUGUCAGCUAACUUGAACUUCAUCUAAUGAGUCAUGAGUAUCAGCACCUUUGGUGUGCUUUUCCAGAUACAACUGUUAAUAAAUGACGAGUAAAUCCUGACUUGCCAGUAGAUUAAAAAAUGUAUUUAUGCUUAAUUUUUAAAAAUUUUGCAUAAAUUAAAAACAAGGCUAUUGUGAGAUGUCAUGACUGUAAACCAUUUGUACUGUUGUUUAAGAAUGAGAAGGAUAACCGGUAAUGUGAACGUAUAGCAUAAAGUAAAAAUAAAUUUAAAUAAAUGCAAUCCCAUGUAUUGAAAAGGGAAGAAUAUCAGAAUCUUCUCAAAUUUUCAUGACUUGCAUUAAAAGUUACCUGUAGAACUCAA